AUGGACGCUUCAAUCGAUCUCUCAGACGCCUCCAAGGCCUUGGACCUGGAGAAUAUUCGCUUUCAACUUAUCCGCUUGGAAGAUACCAUAACCUUCCAUCUUAUCGAAAGAGUGCAGUUCCCUCUUAACCGGCGAAUAUACAUCCCCGGAGCUGUUAAGAUCCCCGGAAGCGAGCUCAGUCUGAUGGACUAUGUCCUCAGUGAGCAGGAGCGUCUCCAGUCGCGCGUGCGUCGAUACCAGUCGCCCGAUGAAUACCCAUUCUUUCCCGAAGUGCUGGAGACUCCCAUCCUGCAGCCGCUUCAGUAUCCCAAGAUCCUGCACGAGAACGACGUCAAUGUGAACGAUGUGAUCAAAUCACGGUAUAUCAACGAGAUACUCCCUUCUCUAUGUAAAUCCAGAGACAGGGGUGAGGCCCAGGAGAACUAUGGCUCUUCAGCAACCAGCGAUGUGAACUGCCUGCAAGCCCUGUCCAGGAGGAUCCAUUUCGGUAAAUUCGUCGCCGAGUCAAAGUUCUUGGCCGAAACGGAGAAGUUCGUCAAGCUGAUCAAGGCUGAGGAUCGCGAUGGCAUCGAGGACGCCAUCACAAACACUAAAGUAGAGAAGAUGGUACUGGACCGUCUACGAUUAAAGGCAAAGACAUACGGAAGAGACCCUGCAAAUCCUAACGAUGGCAAGUCCAAAAUUGAUUUCGAGGCCGUUGUCUCCAUGUACAAGUAUAGCGUUAUCCCUGUGACAAAGAUCGUCGAGGUAGAAUACCUAAUGCAGAGGCUGAAAGGAACCGAGUGGGAAGACUGA